ACCGGAUCGGCGAGUGACAACAAACCUUGAGAUCAAGAUGCCGAUCAAGGAUUAUUUCGGGGAUAUGGUGGGCCUCGGCAUCAGCGCCGGCCUUGCCUAUUCCUUUUACACCUUUGCGAAAGCUGGGAGAGAAAUGGUGCACAAUCUGAAGAAUGUCCCAGAGCUGGAGAUCAAUGCUAACCUCGUUUCCAAGCUCUCUGAGAGUGGAGGGGGAGUGUUGGCAUGUGUGCGAGGAGUUGUGAAGGCAUCAGACGUUGCCAUUCGGUGUGUGGCGCGACCAGAGGUUGCAGGUGUCAUCUGGCGCCACACGAUUCAAGAACACCUCGUGGCACAAGUGAUGGGGUUCUGGAUGAACGACAAGAGGACGGUAGACUCCUCGACAAGCAGCGUUCCCUUCAUGUUGAUGGACAAGGGCAUUGGGGUCCAAAUUUCAGAUCCAGCAAAGCUAGAGGAUGUUGACUUGAUACUAGUAAGCGACAAAUUUGGUGUCGCUAACAACUCUCUUGCCGACCACCUCUGGGGUUGGAUGAAGGGCAUUAGAUCUACUGGGACACAACAAACAGAGGAAAUGCUGGUUGAGGGCACUCAGGCCAUGGGCAUUGGACAGCUCACCCUCAAGAAUGAAGCCAUUUACCUCGACCACUCGCCUUUGGUUCCGUACAUGGUUACGACCAGAAGUAAACAGGCAAUUGUGGAGGAACUUGAUGGACCAGUACCCUAUUUACGGGUACUUAGUGUGAUUACUGCAUGUGGAGUUGCCUUCUAUAGCUACCGCAUCCUGAAGCGCUGGUACCGCAGCUGGCGUAAGGACAUUCGCCGGCGAGACGAACAGCGUGUGCUUGAUGAGGCACGGGCAAGGCGUGAGGCCCAGGGAAAUGACCUCCCAGAGAGCCUCAUGUGUGUUGUCUGCUGUGGACUCCGCGAUGUCCUGCUGGUGCCCUGCCGCCAUGUGUGUGUCUGUAGUGAAUGUGCACUGAAGCUCAACCCCAGAGUGUGCCCUGUCUGCCGGACAGAGAUUGAACGGAUCCAGCCUGUCUUCUACUCAUGAUUGAGUCUUCCGUCAGUCAGUCCUGGGCCCAAAUGCGUGCUAUCAAUUCUGUGAUACGUGCUCAAGAUUUUCUCGCGCUCCUUUUUUCAUUAAUGUACAUAAGAACUGUUGUAAUCAUGGAUGUUGUACAGUUGUAUAUAUUAUAAACCCAAAAGUGAAAUAGAAUGAAGUAUAUUUAGAAAGCUUGUGUCAGUGAGCAUGACAAUAGUCUGUAUUUUAGUCAAAACUUAUACACAUAUACAUAUAUAUUUGCAGCUGUCAUUAACUUCCAUGGCUGAGAGAAUCUGAAUGUGCCUUUGUUUUCUCUAGUCACAUGAUAACUUUGUUCACAUAUGCACAUUAUAUUUUCUGUUGUUAUUAUACAUUGGUCAUAGUUUAUGUUCUUAGUACUAAAUACAUAGGUGUUCAGUAAUUAGUUGUUUGAGAAAAAAAAUUAUAAAUUGUAGGUGUUAUAAAAUGUUACUUUUAUUUGACUUCUGGUAAUCUUAGUAGACUACAUAGAGGUGAGAUAGAUUUGAGGAUGAUCAAAUAUGUAAUGAGAAUAGUAAAAAUAAUUUUCUUUUGUUUCCUAGAGUAUGCACAAUUCAUUACUAUACACUGAUUAUGUUUCCUAAUUAAUGGACAGUAUAUAAUUGUUAAACUGAGAUGCUCAAGUCAUUAGAAAUUUAUACUCUUGAAAGGUAUUGCCAGAUGUCCAGUAGGAAAUUUAGGGUGAUGAUGCAUGGGAAUGGGGAAUGCACAAGAAAUAGACAUGUAGAAGUGUGACAUGCAUCUGACAGAAGCAAUGACCUUGCAUGAGCAGAUCUGGGACCCUAUUUUGUGGUAGUGAAUAGUAUCAAGAGGUAUUUAGCAGCUCUGUUGCAGCAAUUGACAAUUCAGUUUCAGAUACUGGUAAACUGAAUUGGUCUACAAGGCCGCAUGGAAGACAGUAUAUGUAUAUUUAUGUAUGCCUCACUAUCAUUCUUAGGAACAGGCAUGAUUAAGCGCUACUACCCUUGCCCACUGGCUGUGUGACAAGGUCUUGAGAUGGUUGCGACAUCAUCAACCAUCUGUGCAAAUGAUUAAUUUCAGUUGUGCCGGUUUCAAAUUGUAAAUAACACUGACGGCAAAGCUGAGGAUGUUAUGGAACUGCAUGAAGAUGAUUACACCUGAUUUGUGGUGAUCAAUUAUGUGAAUUUGAUGUUGAAUGCCAGUAAAUAAACUUUAAUAAUUCUUUAUACAAGGUUUUAUCUUGAAGUGAGUGCAUUUUCAUUUAUAGGGGAAGAAACAAAGGCAUUGAAAGAAUGACUUUAGAGUUGUUAUAUUUUUACAUAAAUAAGCUGCAGGGGAAUAAGUAUACUGUAUUAUACCUUUGUUAUGUUUUUUAACAAUGGAUAUGUCACAUUUUUAUGCUAUUUUCAGAGAAAAUAUAUUAUUUAUGUUCUGAUAUGCUUUAGUCAGGCAUUCUCAUUUAUUAUACAAUAUGUCAGAAUUGUAGAUCCAUUAAAAGUCUCUGUAUAAGAAUAGUACUUAUUAAACUAUUUAUUGAA